GACGGCGGCGAGGGUUUAACCCAGGUCGAAGCCGCCGCCGCCGACGAGGGCGGAGACUUGGAAAGCACGCACACCCGCGGCCCCAGAGAAGCCGCGCGAAUCUCUCCCAGAGAAGCGGCGGCGGCGGAGGAGAUGCUUCUCGAGGAGCUGCUCCGCUGCCAGAUCCACGAGUGGUACCCGGCCUUCCGCCGCCACUCCAUCCCCACCGCCAUCAUCCCGCUCCCCGCCGCCUUCCUCCGCUACCUCGCCGGCCGAGCGGCCUACCCCGACCCGGACUCCGGGUCCGGCGCCGACGAGGAGCCGCUCCCGUUCCUCCUCCCCGCGGUGACCUCCGGCCGCCAGCCCUUCGCGCCCGCCCACGCCCACCACCCGGACCCGGACUCCCUCCUCAGCUCGGACCUCUUCUUCGGCUCCAGCGCCGAGGACGUCCACGACCCCGACGCCGACCACCCGCACCGCCCCGAGUUCCUGGAGCUCGAGGCGGCCGUCGACGCCGCCAUCGCGGACCUCGGCGGCGCCGCGCUCCCCAAGCUCAACUGGAGCGCGCCCAAGGACGCCACCUUCAUGUCCGCGGACGGCACGACCCGGUGCGCGUGCUUCGCCGAGGUCGCCAUGCUGCUCCGCGCCUCCGACUGCGUGGCGCACGACCUCGCCUCCGCGCGCCAGUCGUGCGAGGAUUUUGUGCGUCCAGAGGGUGCUCGACGGAAUGCCCGGAAAGUUGGUGCUGGUGCCGAGGAAGGUGCUGCAUCAAAUGCUGUGGAUUGUGAUGCGGAAGAUGCACGGGAAGAAGAUAGUAGUGGGGAUGCUUGGGUGGACGAUGGGUUCCAAUACUAUCUCGCCCUCCGCAAGUGGUACCCAGGCCUCCGCCCUGAGUCAGAGUUCAGAUGCUUCGUACGGGAGCGGAAGCUGGUUGCUGUGUCCCAGAGAGAUGCAUCAGCUUACUACCCAUCACUGCCUGGAUGGAGUUCUGAGGUGCAACCGAACAUUGAGGUUUUCUUUGAGGAAGUUAUUGAGCCACAGUUUGGUUCAAAUCAUUAUACAUUUGAUGUGUAUGUGACAACUGAUGGGCGAGUCAAGCUGAUAGAUUUCAACCCAUGGGGUGGUUAUACCUUGCCGCUGCUGUUUACUUGGGAGGAGCUUGAUGCAGAAGGAAGAGAGCAUGAGCUGGAAUUUAGAGUGGUCAUGCAGCAGGGUGCCGUGAGGCCAGGAUUGAUGACAGCAGUGCCAUAUGAUAUGCUGGAUUGGGGGCAGGGGAGUGGCUGGGAUGUUUUUUUGAAGAAGGCUGAUGAAGAGCUCAACAGACAGAUGAACUCACCAGAUGGUGAUUCAUAAUUGCAUUUCAGGAAAAGAUGUUUGGAGUAUGCAGUAUGUGCACAACUUAAAGUGAUAUCUGCUGAUUUUCUUACCAGCCACAUGCUAGCAGUCACGUGCUUUCUUAAGAUUGAUAUGCGGUCUCCUCUCCUGCCACUAUGCUGUUUUUUGUUUCCAGUUACUCUUAUAGCGCUAGGCAGUUAGUGCAGAUCACCUGUUAUAGCCUCAUCGUGUCAUGUAUUGGUUAUUCAGUUAUAAUCUCCAACAUAACUAAUAUGCGGUUUAGUUUAGUGGAGCUGAUGAUUAGUACUUGAAUCUUAAGAAAUGUAUUUGCAGUGUAAAUUUGUUGCCCUUCUGCUCAGCUGCAAUGAAUAUUCCUCAUCUUUCAUUGUUGUUUAUCA